AUGAAUGGUCAUAAUAGUGAAGAAGCAAAACGAUUAUUUCAACGUUUACCAAAAACCAUUGUUCCAACGCAUUAUGAUUUAACAAUACAGCCACAUCUUGAUAAAUUUACAUUUAAUGGAGAUGUUAAUAUACAUUUAAAAGUUAAAGAGCCAACAAGUAGUAUUGUACUUUAUGCAACUGAAUUAGAAGUUGAUAAUGCUAAAGUAAAAUCAACUUCAAAUGAUGAACAAACAGGUAAAAUUGAUUAUGAUAAAGAAGGUGAACGUAUAACAGUCAAUUUCGAUAAGACACUUGAAACAGGUGAUUAUGAACUAGCAUUAAAAUUUGUUGGUGAAAUAAAUAAUCGUAUGCGUGGUUUCUAUCGAACUAAGCAUACAGUAUUUGAUGGUAGUGACGUUCGUUACGGAGCUAGUACACAAUUUGAACCUGCUGAUUGCCGACGAGCAUUCCCAUGUUGGGAUGAGCCAAAUUUUAAGGCUACAUUUGAUAUAACAUUAAUUACACCGAAAAAUCUUCGUGCUAUUUCAAAUAUGCCGAUUAAAUCAGAAGAUGAAUAUGGCAAUGAUAAAGAAUGGAAAAUAACAAAAUUUGAUCGUACACCAAUCAUGAGUACAUAUCUUGUUGCUUAUGUUGUUGGUGAAUAUGAUUAUGUUGAAACAAAAGAUUCCAAUGGUGUUAAUACUGCAGCAAAAGUUCUUCCAUUUUAUGCUGAUUAUUUUAAUAUCAAAUAUCCAAUUGCUAAAGCUGAUCAAAUUGCUAUUCCUGAUUUUGCUGUGGGAGCAAUGGAAAAUUGGGGCUUAGUAACUUAUCGUGAAACAGCACUUUCAAUUGACCCAAAAUUUUCAUCCAUGGAUACACGACAACGUGUAGCUAUUGUUUGGACUGAUUUAUGGCUUAAUGAAGGUUUUGCUACAUGGAUUGAAUAUUUAGCUGUUGAUAAAUGUUAUCCAGAAUUUGAUAUUUGGACACAAUUUGUUGCCGAUACAUUUGCAAGAUUUCUUAUUCCAGAUGCUUUGAAAUCAUCACAUCCUAUUGAAGUACCUAUUGGUCAUCCAGCUGAAAUCGAUGAAAUUUUCGAUGCAAUAUCGUAUUCAAAAGGUUCAUAA